AGGUUGUAUGCCACUCACGACUAAGACUGUUUGCGGAAGUGCUACAAUGUUUCCACGAGACAAGCAGGUCUAGACUGAAAUGUAGCUAAAGAAAGCAGGAGAAUCUUAUUUGGUAGUGUCUGGUGACCAGUGGUGAGCCUUCAGAAUAGCCAUGUCUUUCAGGAUGGUCUCCUUGAUAGCCUCCAGGCUUGGCAAAGUGUCAGUGAUGCCCACAAGGAGCUGUAGUCGAAACGUCAGCAGAGAUGCCAGCAAGGCCUGGAUGGAUCAGAGGCAGACACACAGGACCUCGGCCCACAGACACAGAGAGAAGGAGGAGAGGUUUGAAGAUCCAGAUAUGGACGAUGUAGACGACAAGGUCCAGGCUGUGUUCAGUGAAGAGAGGAGGAGACAGAGGACGGUGAAGUACCAUAUAGUCAAGAGACAGCUGACUGAGUCUGGAGCUCCAGAGAGGAAGCUGAGCUGGGACGCCAUGGAACAGAUCAGGUAUCUGAAGCAGGAGCUACCAGAGGAAUGGACCAUUGACCGUCUGGCAGAGGGAUUCUCUGUCCAUCGUGACAUCAUCCUACGAGUCCUGAGGAGCAAGUUCACCCCCAAACCAGAGAGGAAGGCUAAACAGGACGCCAGCGUGUGGGCCAGGCUGAGACAGCAGGCCUUACCUGGGAGUGGAGCAGGGGGACAGGGCAGGCAGCAAGCCCUACCUGGGGGUGGAGCAGGGGGACAGGGCAGGCAGCAAGCCCUACCUGGGGGUGGAGCAGGGGUACAGGGUAGGCAGCAGGCCUUACCUGGGGGUGGAGCAGGGGGACAGGACAGGCAGCAAGCCUGUGACGCUGGGGGUGGAGCAGGGGGACAGGGAGGCAGCAGGCCUUACCUGGGGUGGAGCAGGGGACAGGGCAGGCAGCAAGCCCUACCUGGGGGUGGAGCAGGGGGACAGGGACAGGCAGCAAGCCCUACCUGGGGGUGGAGCAGGGGUACAGGCAGGCAGCAGGCCUUACCUGGGGGUGGGAUGCAAGGGGGACAGGACAGGCAGCAGGCCUUACCUGGGGGUGGAGCAGGGGGACAGGGCAGGCAGCAAGCCCUACCUGGGGGUGGAGCAGGGGGACAGGGCAGGCAGCAAGCCCUACCUGGUGGUGGUGGAGCAGGGGGACCGGGCAGACCACAGCUGCCUGCCUCUGGACAUAGAAGUAGCAAACCAGCCAUGCUGCCCGCAGGAAGUGGCACUGGUGCCCUGGUCACCCUGGCUAGCCACAGUAGCCAGAGGCUGAUAGCCAGGGACUUGGAGGAUGGCCCUGGCCCAAGAGCCAUGAUGACUACUGCUAAUAGUCCUGCUGCUCCUCUCACCUCACUACCCACCCAGCUCUCAUCCUCACCAACCCUGCACAGGAGACACAGCUCAGGACAAGAUAACUCUAGAGAGGAGUGGGAGGAAGAGGAGAAUGUUCCAGAGGACAAUGUGUCGGAGAAGGUUGAGGAGAAAGACGACCAGGAGGAGAGAUGGGAUGGAAGGGUGUUUUCAGAGGAAGAACUGGAGGAACUAAUGCUGUCGUCAAAGCCUUCGCGAGUGGUACAGAAUGGGAUAGAGUUCUUUGACAGCGAAGGAAACUUCCUGUACAGAAUCUGAGAUAGCAAAAUGGCACCCUAUUCCCUACAUAGUGCACUACUUUUGACCAGGGCUAAUGGCACCCUAUUCCACUAUGGCACCCUAUUCCCUAUAUAGUGCACUACUUUUGACCAGGGUGCCAUUUUAGAAGUAGCCUGAGAUGUUGUUAAUGUGUUGGUUUCCUAAAUACAAUAAAAUGCAAUAGACUUCUGUUGGAAGAUGCCAGAGACUGAUUAUGCCGCAAACCAAUAAAGCACUAUUUCAAAUGUA